AACGACAUGCGGAUAGAGUAGUUAAAAUCGCGUUUCAUCUUCCUGUAAGAUCAAUCGCUACCUGGUGUUUGCACGGUGUACGUGUCGCUUCAUUCCUGCUCGUCGCCAUCUGUUCUAUAAGAAAAAGAUGAUGGAGCGGUGGAUGCAGUUAUUGUUCGUCUUUCUUGUCGUCCAAGGCUAUUCCUGCAGAGUCUGGAACGGAAUACCACAAGUUUUUGUUGAACCUAGCUGCCCACAACAAGAAGGCUUCUUCACUGUGGAUAAUCAGUGCACAAGAGAGUACCACUAUUGCCUAGAUGGAGUUGUCAUUUAUGAACAGGUAUGCCCGGAAUCAGACGUUUUUGAUCCACUGUUGAAAACAUGCGUCGAGCCAGCAACUUGCUUCGAUUGCCCUCCUGAAGAUGGGAUACAUCCUGUCCCCCAAAGCUGCACAGACGAAUAUUAUCAAUGUACCAGUGGAGUACCAGAAAAGCUGAGCUGUCCUGCCGGUAACAUUUUUGAUCCAGUGACGUAUGAAUGUACCCCCGCCGAGCAAGCUUCAUGCGCGGCGCUCAUGCAAUGCAGUGAAAAUGGUUAUUUUCCAUUUCCAGGAGAAUGUAGCGGGUUGUAUUUUCUCUGCGUUGGCGGCCAAAGCUCUACGAUGUAUUGCCCGUCAGAUACGGUUUUUGAGGCAAGCACUUCGACUUGUGUUCCUUUAGAGUCUGCGUCGUGCACGCCUGGGCCGAAAACGACGACCACUACACAAUCAACUACUACACCCACAACUACCACCACUCCAACCACUACCACUACUCCGACCACUACAACUACUCCAACCACUACAACUACUCCAACCACAACAACUACUCCAACCACAACAACUACUCCGACCACCACCACUACUCCGACCACCACUACCACUCCGACGACGACUACUACUCCCACCACUACUACUACUCCAACUACCACCACUACUCCCACCACUACCACCACUCCCACUACCACCACUACUCCCACCACUACCACUACUCCAACCACCACAGUUGCUCCUGGCUUUGUUUGUCCGACACCUAACGGAAAUUUCGAGAUUCCUGGCAAUUGUACUUCAUUCUACAAUUGCACAAAUGGAGUAUAUACUGUUCAAAAUUGCCAACCUGGAACAGCUUUCAAUCCUUACGUUGGCGCGUGCGAUUUUCCUUUUAACGUUCCCGGAUGUUCGGUUGUUCGAAUUGAUGAGGAUGAAAAGGACCACUUUCUAUUCAACGAUUCCAAUUUUCAAUGUCCCGGUAGCGGCAAUUGGCCUCAUGCUGAAUGCGAAUAUUACUAUUCUUGUUAUGGAAACGGAAUGAAUAGGAAAGCGCAGGUUUGGCAAUGCAGAAAGAAUUUUCUCUACGACAUCAGAUCCCGUCGAUGCAAAUAUUGGAAAAUUGCUGGGUGUGGCGAUCGUCUCCGAUCAGUACUAGCCUAGAACAGUUUUUGCUUGCAAUUGGGUGGAUUCCCCAUAAAGGCAGCAGCAACAAUCGUGUGAAUGUAUUAAUAAGAUGACCGAAUAGAAAUAAAAUUAUUUUCGCAUGUGAAAAA